CCCCAUUCUGGCGAGGUUAGAGGUCAUUAAAUCGAAAACAUGGCGGCUCCCAGCAAAGCGACCGUGGUAUUGAAGGCUGUGAAGAAAAUAACCGUUCAGUUUUGUCCGUUCGAGUCCAAUGUCCGGUCCACACGGGAGUUUCUGAACUUAGUGGGUUCAGAGAAGGCCAGAGCUACCAACAUGAACUGUGAGGUGAUACCAGUGGUGAAACAUGACAAGUCUGAGCCCGUAGUGGAUAUCACUUAUGUAGACGGAGAGAAGCUGCUGAUGAAGGGAGCAAAUUUGACCAGCAGUGAGAUGCUGAGUGCUUUUCAAUCCCGCUGCGUCGCCAAGGACCCGCAGGCAAAAGUUGGAGAGAAGAAAUAAUCAUGAGCUUGGCAGAUGUGUAUUUAUCUGUGAAUAUUGUUGAACAUGUACAGUAAAACUAUUCCAUUUCAUACACAUGGUGUUGACUGGCUUUAAUCUAAAAUGUUGUGUUGGUUAAAUAUUUAAUAGUCAAAUUCUUUUGUGCCCUUUUAACUAAACAGUAAAAAAUAAAGA